AUGACUACCGCUUCGCCAUCGUCUACACCCGGAGCAGGUGGCGAGUCGUCAGGCUCAAAUAACUCGCCCUUGCUCUUCUUUGUUGCGCUCGGGUUUGGGGUCGUCUUCACUAAUCUAUGGAUUAUUGUUGGCGUGAAAUACUGUUUCCGGUAUAACCAGCGGCAUCGCCAGGCUCGAAACGACGAUAAUGGCGACCCCAUCGAUAUGGUCAACGUCCCAAGGACUCAUCGUAGGAGGAGAGAGAAGAAGCUUAUGUCCAUGGAAGAUGUUAACACCCGCUUUCCCAUCACAAAGUACAAAAGCUGGCGUGCUUCAAGGGCUGAAGCGGGCUUACCCACUGCUGGCGGUAUUGAUAACAACAUCGAAACCCAUACAAGCCGACGAGGACACCAGGAAUCCGGAACCAUUGAUACAUCUCACACGACGACUGCAACGGAUCGGGGCGAAUGCUCCGGUGCGAUGAGUCCCGACAGUAUGUUAGGGCGGAAAUCGACCGACAUCCAAGUACCCGCUGCAGCUCACAUACCUGCGGAGAAAUCGACUACUGUGCAGCCUCCUACACAGACGAAUCCAUCGCAGCGUUUAUCUACCGAUAACCAUAGCCUGAAACAUACCGACUCUCACCUCCCUGAAAAUGAUGAUGACGACCAUGACGACCACAUCUCCCACGCCGUUACCACAGAACUCAUCGCAAACCCUGGCGACUCUUGUGCCAUCUGUCUCGAUAUCAUCGAGGACGAUGACGAUGUCCGCGGUCUCACCUGUGGACACGCAUUCCAUGCCUCUUGUGUCGACCCUUGGCUGACUAGCCGUCGUGCUUGCUGUCCACUUUGUAAGGCCGACUACUUCACUCCUAAACCCCGGCCUGAGGGUGAGGCUCCAGAAGAAGAGCGCCGCGAGCGUGGAAGGAGGCAUGGCAACAACCACAACAAUGCAGUUAGUGAUGGUGACACACCUUAUCAAACUGCCCGCAUGCCCCCGUUUGCUUCCAGAAUGGUUCUAGCCGGGAGAUUCAUGCCGAUGCUUCCGGGAGAAGAAAACAACCGCUCUAAUCGUGAUCGAGGCCUGCGUGUUGCUGGAGAUCACGCAAACGCUGACUCAGGUCAAGAUGGCACUCAGCCACAAUCCAACGGAUGGAGAUCUCGCCUACCGCGUCUGAAUAUCCCCUUUGGGAGAAAUAGGUCCAACGGCUCGCAGCAGGGCGAUGCAAACACCUCUUCGGUCGUAGCUGAUCCUCCUACACCAAGACAACUGGAAUCUGCUACUCAUGUCUCAAGAUAG